AAGGGAACAAAAGACAUCAAGGAUGAAGAUGCUUUUACACCUUUGGUUUUUUACAGUUUUCUCUCCGAUCACCCUUGCUACAUGGGGUAACGUCGGAUAUUCACAAGGUUCAUGUUUAAACUCUCGGUGGGUUGAGUAUCCAAGAGGCAGUCCUCGCACGCUUUAUAGACUAUUCUGCACCAGACAGACAUGGACAGUGGCUCAGAAGGUCUGCCAGCGUUAUGGGGGAACCCUCGCCGUGGUUGACAGUAAUGGCGAGAAGAAUUUUUUGUUUGAUAUGAUAAAGAACGCAGGAGAAGCGUGGGUUGGCUAUACUGUCAGAAGAUCUUCAUUUACAUGUAAACCCAGUUCUGUGACGGGGACUUACUACAGAUAUCUGGCCAUUUCUAACGACAAGUGUAAGAUUACAAGAAGAAGCACAUGUGGGUAUAUAACAACAACCAGCACUUCAAAAAUACGAGACGAUGACUGCGAGGAUUCACGACGGUUUGUUUGCGAGAAGCGGGCAGAAAGUACAUUAAGUGUAGGACCAACAUCUACAGCAACGGUUUGUUCUGCAAACCCCUGCAAAAACGGCGGAAAAUGCAAGGAGACUGAUAAUAAAAGACGCAAACGGAGUACAAACAGCUUGAUCUCGGGGUGGGCGGCUUUGUUUAAACCGAAGGGGAAUUCGGGUUCCGCAGAGAACACUGGUUAUACGUGUGAAUGUCCUGCUGGCUUUGGUGGCGUCAACUGUGAAAAGAGACAAUGCACGAUGCCUUCAAGCCCAUCUAAAACCAUGACGCUACAAGCCCGAAACAACGUAGGAGAAAGCAUCAUCUACAGAUGUUACUACGGCUACACAGUAAUUGCUGGGAAUCUCGAUCGAAGGUGUGAGGUUCAAGGAUCCUCAGCUAAUUGGAGUGGGUCGGCACCGACGUGUGUGCGUAACGAGUGCUAUAGAUCCACAUGUCAAAAUGGCGGUAAAUGUACAAACACUGCGAACGGAUAUAAAUGUUCUUGUCCAACUGGCUUCACUGGAAGAAAAUGUGAAAUAAACAUUAACGAUUGUGAUCCUAACCCAUGCGGUAAAAACGGAAGAUGUUUAGACGGUGUAAAUAAGCACGUUUGCAUCUGUAAUCUUGGUUUCACUGGGAACCACUGCAAGACAAACAUUAACGAGUGUGCAUCGAAUCCGUGUAAACAUGGCACUUGCCGCGACUUAGAAGCUGCAUACGCAUGUCAUUGUGAUCAUGGGUUCACCGGUGCCCAGUGUGAAACGAACAUAGACGAGUGUGCUUCCCAACCUUGCAAAAAUGGCGCCGUAUGCACAGAUGAAGUCAAUGGAUUCGUUUGUUCAUGCAUAUCGGGAUUUUCUGGUUCAACUUGCAAUGUGAAUAUAAAUGAAUGUUCCUCGAACCCAUGUCUCAAAGGACUUUGCAAAGAUGCAGUAAAUGGAUACACGUGCAUCUGUCCGGCUGGUUUCACUGGCAAACGUUGUGAAACAAACAUUGACGAGUGUGCCUCUGGCCCUUGCAAAAAUGGCGGUGGAUGUGUGGACAGAGUCAAUGGAUUCAAAUGCACCUGUCCAGUUGGGUUUACCGGUGUCCAGUGUGAAACGAAUAUAGACGAAUGUGCCUCUCAACCUUGCAAAAAUGGCGGCUUUUGUACUGAUAAAGUCAACGAAUUCAAAUGUGAUUGUGUGGCGGGGUAUACGGGUUUGGUCUGUGAGACAGACAUAGACGAAUGCUCUUCUACUUCUUGUAUGAACGGCGGGCAGUGCAAUGAUGCUGUUAAUGGCUACAAUUGUACUUGCCGUGGUGGAUGGACCGGUCUGUUGUGUGAGGUUGCCAUUGAUGAGUGCGCAUCUAUACCUUGUCAACACAACGGUUUAUGUAAAGAUGAGAUCAACGGCUAUACGUGUUCCUGCCAAAGAGGGUAUACUGGCCAUGAAUGCCAGACCAAUGUUGACGAAUGUGCAUCUAACCCUUGCAAUAAUGGUGCAACGUGUAUUGAUGGUGUGAAUGAAUACACGUGUGCCUGCAAAACUGGAUUUGCCGGCCUUACAUGCCAAACAAAUGUUAACGAAUGUGCGUCUAACCCUUGCAUGAAUGGUGCAACAUGUAUUGAUGGUGUAAAUGGAUUCACAUGUUCAUGCAAACCUGGUUUUACCGACCCAAUGUGCAAAACCAAUGUUGACGAAUGUGAGUCUUAUCCUUGUAAGAAUGGUGCAACGUGUGUUGAUGGUGUGGAUGGAUUUGCUUGCUCCUGCAAAAGUGGAUUUGUCGGCCCAACAUGCGAAACCAAUGUUGACGAAUGUGCGUCCAACCCUUGUAAGAAUGAUGCAACGUGUAUCGAUGGUGUAAAUGAGUAUACAUGUGCAUGCAAACGUGGAUUUGCCGGCCGUACAUGCGAAACCAAUAUCAACGAAUGUGCAUCUAACCCUUGCAAGAACGGCGCAACAUGUAUUGAUGGUGUAAAUGGAUUCACAUGUUCAUGCAAACCUGGUUUUACCGACCCUACAUGUGAAACCAAUAUCAACGAAUGCGCAUCUGACCCGUGUCAGAACGGAGCAACAUGUGUAGAUGGCGUUAACAGGUAUAACUGUGUAUGUCUGGAUGGGUAUGCUGGUUCUUUAUGCGAAAUCGAUAUAAAUGAAUGUGCGUCCAACCCAUGUCAGAAUGGAGCAAUGUGUUCGGAUGGUGUGAAUGAGUAUACAUGCACGUGUCUCGCAGGAUUUUCAGGCUAUAUCUGUGAAACUAACGUCGAUGAGUGCGAAUCAAACCCUUGCCAAAAUGGCGGCAGUUGCAAAAAUGCAAUCAAUGGAUACAGCUGCAGCUGCCCGUCCGGAUUUACCGGAUCAAACUGUGAGACUGAUAUCUUUGAGUGUGCCUCUAAUCCGUGUAAAAAUGGUCUUUGUUUCGAUGGUAUAAACAGUUUCACUUGUAUGUGUGGCUCUGGUUUUGCUGGUCCCACGUGCGAAAUCAACAUAAACGAAUGUGCCUCCAACCCUUGCAAGAACGGCGCAACUUGCAUCAACGAUAUCGAUAGGUACAAAUGCAAUUGUUUAGCAGGAUAUAUUGGUUUGCAUUGUGAAUCCAAUGUCGAUGAAUGUUCAUCUAAUCCCUGUGGUAGCGGAGGUACCUGCUUGGAUGGUGUAAACGGAUACACGUGUAACUGUCCAGGCGGUUAUACAGGGACUAACUGCCAGACAGACGUCAAUGAAUGUGCGUCUAACCCCUGCAGCAAAGGACUGUGUCUCGACGGAAUCGACAGUUUUACUUGUCUCUGUCCGGCUGGAUAUUCGGGACCCACCUGUCUCAUAGACAUUGAUGAAUGUUCCUCCAACCCGUGCUUAAAUUAUGGUACUUGUGUGGAUAAAGUGGACGGAUACACGUGUAUUUGUCCGGCUGGUUACAGUGGAGACAAGUGUGGAGCAUUACCAACUUCCAGUGCCAGUACCACCGCUAUGCCCUCCCCAACAAUCACAAAGGCGAUAAAAGAUCCUUGUGAUCCGAACCCAUGCCCAGAAAAAGAACUAGGACAACCAAUUAUGUGUCAACCUUCUAACGGGGGUUAUGAAUGUAUUCGACCCAGUGAAAGUACAUCUACAACAAAGCCAUGUUCUUCAUAUCCCUGCAAAAACGGCGCGCAAUGCAAGGAGACUGAUUAUGGCGCUUCCGGCACAUUUAAAAACCAGCUUGGUGGUUACCAAUGUAAAUGUCCUCCGUUUUACACCGGCAAACAUUGUGAGGGCCAUAUCAAUUUUUGUCAGCCAAACCCAUGUCAGCAUGGGUUCACAUGUGCGCCGAAGCUUGGGGGCUACGUCUGCACCUGUCUAGCCGCCCACAAUGGCACCCACUGUAAAACCCGUAUCGACCCUUGCUCCAGCUCCCCCUGUCUUCAUGGCGGACGCUGUACCACACAGCUCGAUGGGACCUUCCAGUGCACAUGCCCGAAUAUGUGGACCGGUGCCCGCUGUGAGCAAUGCCUUUGUCAGAACGAAGGUAGAUGUGACUACAGUCCCACUGACGGCCACGUGUGUCGCUGCCAAGCUGGGUUCAUCGGGAUGAAGUGUGAUACUAAAGUGAACGAAUGUGACAGCUGGCCAUGCUUGCAUGGCACAUGUAUUGACACGGUAAACGGUUAUAAAUGUGUCUGUGACCCUGGCUACACAGGUAAAAACUGUGAAGUCAAGUCUGGCAGUUUGAUUGGUUAAAACAUUUGCAAAGUUAGAAAACCCUUCUCACCUUGAGCGGUUCACUUUUCUGUAUGGUACCAGAUUGAGAGAGUGCCUUUGUAUCC